AUGGGUUCAAACGAGCAGAUACCGACCUAUGCCCUCCGCGAUGUCGUUGAAACUGACGUCCUAACCGCUUUAUCGGCCGAUGUUGGAUCUCAGCCAUCCCCGUGCCACGCUCACGCCUCUGAAAAAGAAUUACAUUUUCCGCUCCGGUUGCUCGCUUUCCUUGAGGAGGAAGGCAAGACCAAACUUACAACUGGUCUCGGAGUGAAGAAGAUCUUUGAUCUUGAAGAUGUAUCAAAAUAUCUUGGUCACUCAUGUGCCCAUCUAUCGCGCCGUCUGGAAAAGAUAGGACUGGGCGUCUUAUCUGCGAUUAUCCUUCGUACUGCCGGAUAUUCGCCAGAUACGAUCGUGCACGAUUAUGUACAUGUACUUGCUCGAGUUGGGUUCGAGCCUAUUCGAGAAUCUCUAUACAAUGAGCUUAUUGGCAAGAAAGAUCGCGAUGAGGUGACAACUAGGAGCAUUCUAGCUGCUGGGGGAAUAUCGUACAAAGCGAAUGGUGCAAUUCCUAGGAUUCAUGGAGAAAGAAUUUGA